UGCGCGCGCGUUCCGCUGACUGGCUGUCAUCAUCGGUGCCUGUGACAUCACGCACACACGCACGCACGCACGCGCACACACGGAGCGAGGAUCUGCUACAAUGUCAAACAUCCAGAAGCGGCGCGGGCUCAUGGCUUCCUCCUCGCGCCGCCACGGGACGCGUCUCCGCGCGCAGCAGCGGCAGCAGCAGCAGUUCUCCGUCUGAACCUUCCUGUUUCUGUUUCUGGCUUUAUUCUGCGCUCGUGGACGUGAUGCGUUUGAGGUGUGUGUGAGUGAGUGAGAGAGCCAGCCAGGUCAGAGGUCAUGCUACGGAGGGAAUCGGACCCCCACGGCCCGUUUACCUCCGGAGAGACGUCCGACAAUGACUGUGAGGUGGGGGCGAGCUGCGGCGAGGUGGAUAAAGUGUGUGUGUGCGAGGCCGGCCCCCGGACACUUUAUUCAGAAGCUCACACGCCCACGCCGGACAGACCGGUGUGUGAACGCUGCGGCAGGAACAGGGCGCCGAUCGCCAGCUGCUCGGAGGGAUACGGCACCGAGGAGGAGUGCGUGUUGUCCGACCCUCAGGGCGAGAGCGACGCCGACGCCGACAUCGAGGACACAGACUGCAGACUCCAGGAGCCCGGCUCGCUCCAGCGAAUCAGCUCGCGGCGCCGGAAGCGCCCCCAGGUGGCGCGGCAGGACACCACGGAGAGCGAGGACGACGGCGGGCGGAGCCACCGGUCCCACCGCUGGAGCCUGCGGCUCAGUCCGGACCGGGCGCACAGCAGGACCAUCCUGGAGGAGAGCAUAUCGCAGGUCAGGCCUCUGGUCGUCUGCCGGCCCGCCGCGGACAAGCCGAGGAGCCCGGCCGACCUCCAAGGUCGCUCCAAGGUCACGCCGCUGUGGCCGCCGUCGCUCUCCCUGCCCUUCAUCCUGCUCCUGUCGCUGCCGCUCUCCCUGUCCCUCCUCAUCGUCAUCGUGUCCUUCCUCCUGCCCUGGGCCACCGCUUGAGCCACCGCUUGGGUUUUUUUUUUUUUAAAAGAAGAGCUUCAUUCCAGAAACGACCAGACGGAGGAGAAAGAAAAACAUUCUGUUAAAACAUAAGGAAUAGUUUCACUGGUCCGGUCUUCAGGUCAGAACCGACCACGAUGGCGCCCAACUAUGCAAAUCCUGGACUGAUGGCCCCGCCCCCCCGGUCCACUUCCUGACGAAGCGGAGCUCCGCCCACUUAUUCCAGAACAUCAUUUACACUCCUCUGUGUUUCUUCUUCUUUUAUUUUGUAGAAUAAGCCGACCUCAAAAGGAAAAAGAGUUACUGUAACCACGUUGAAGCAAUUUAAAACUGUGUUUCACAGUUCAGAUGUAAUAAUGAUGUUUUUAAAUGUUUUUCCUGUGUGUGUGUGUGUGUGUGUGUCUGCGUGUGUGUGAUUAUUAUUUAAGAAAACAAGCUUGACAAUCAGUGAUGAAGCUCAUGUAAAACCGAAUCAACAGGAACAAAAGCCAUUCUGGCUCCUCUGUGCUGUAUAUUUGUUUGUUUUUUGUGUGUUUUUUGACGUGUCUUCCAUCCCAGACCGUACUGUAUUUACUGAUUUCAUUCGUUUAUGAAACCGUUUCCCGUCUCCGAUCGGACUUUUUAUUUCCUGGAUGUUCGUUCACUAGAGGUUCAAUAAAACUAGAUUGUAUUUUGACAACA